GCGGAUAACCCCUCUUCCACUCCGUCGCCCCCGCUUGGCAAGCAAGCAGAAGCUGUGACUUGACGUGCUUGUCUUGUGCGAUGUUAUGUGCGACUUUCACUGUGACCGGGAAGUGAUUUCCGUGAGCGGACGUAGUGACCAGUGAUCCCAGCAAGGAAACGAACCAGCUAACCGAUGAUCAUAGACUUCCGCAACCGCUCAAUGAAAUCGGAGCCGCCUGGCAGCGGGCGCCAGCCGAGUGGUCCCGUGCCAGGGGCCUGCGAUACGUCCAAAGCUUUACGAAACGGAGACCGAAGCGAAGCCGUGCUUCGGCAAGUGAGUCUCGUCGCGGCUUUCCACGACCACAUCUCGUGCGCCAAGUCCGCGGAACUGCUCGAGCCCAUGCCGUGCGAGAGUGACCACUUGUACGCGCACUGUGGUGACGACGCGCCCGACGACACCGAGCAAGACAGACUGCGCGCCAUCGUCGUGUUGCACACGGAUUUAAUACAGCACCAGCAGGAGCUGAUCGCCGAGCGAGACAGGCAGAUCGACGAGCUGCGCGUCCAGCGAGACGAGCUGCAAGAACGGCUGCGCCGCCUGCAGGCGUGCGUCACGCAUGCCGCCUGCCAGACGGAAGAGGCGCUCCUGAACGUCGCGGCCCCAGCGCCCCUGCUGACCGAGCUGCUGCGGCCCCCGCCGGAACCACACAGCAGCCGGCCGGCUUCGCCGUGCGAACCCAUCGCCGAGACCGCGCCUUGCGAGAGCGAGGAAGCGCCCCCGGAACACGAUGAAGACGAACCUUUGGCCCGAGAGCAGCAGCGCAGCCACGCGCAAGUGCCGAAGGCCGCCGAGCCCUGCGGCGGCGACCUCGAGCAGCGGCCCGCGCCCGCUGGCCGACCGGCAGCCGAGCUUGUCGUCUGCAGCGAGAGCGUUCAGCAGCAGGCCGAGCCAGCGCCGCUCCCUCCUCCUCCGCCCAGGGGACCCCCUCCGGCUGCCGAGGACGAGGAGCGCGCCCAGGAGGCUCCCGCCGAGGUGCCCGCCGCCCCCGUCCAGUCUUCGUCGCAGGAGGCCGCCGCACCGCCCGAGAGCCCGGCCAGGAAAGCGGCCCGCAAGAGGUCCGCUGCCGCCAGGGACGAUGCCAGUCGAGUAUUGUGGAGUGAUCGGACCUACACCACCUGCCUGCCCCCUCCGCCGCCCGAGGAGUCCGCGGAGCCAAUCGAGGUACCAACAUGGAGAGUGAACCACAUCACCAGUUUGUACUCUAUGGAAGGGACCGAGAAUCUGGAUGACGAAGUCUUCCGCAAGCGCCACGCUAAGUUAGAAGCUAACGAAAAGCGCAGGAAACGCUGGGACCUGCAGUUGUUGAGAGAGCAGCAGCACACCGAGCGACUGCGACGCAGGAUGGAACGCAGCGUGGAGAGGCCGCCAAGCUGCCCGCCCUCGUUCUGCGGCGACUUGAAGCACAUCGGAUUCAUUGAGGUCGUGGAGAGUCUGCCAGUCGUAGCCUUCGGUCAACCCAUACCCGAGCUGCAGCCUGCGGAGUUUUCGUUGCCAUGGGUGAAACACUCCUCCCGGCACAGUGAAUCUUCCACGGCAGGCGACAGAAUGGCUGCAAAGAAGCAGCGUAAGAACAUACAACCAAAGGGCCCCUGGCGAUAGCCACAAGAAGCAAAAGCAAUGCUCCUGAACAUUCGCCACAAGGACUGUGGCGUGAGCUCUGCUCAGGACUGAGCCCCUGGGCACUGAGUGCCAGCUCUGGCCGAGUGACAGAAGACCUGUCACCGAGGCGCCACGACAGUUGCCGGUCUCACUGCAGGACACAGUCGCCUGACCACGAAACUCUCGGCCCCGGGCCCAGCGCGCCACGAACAUCAUUGACGCGCACGUGCGUUUCCCGCUGCCCGUUGGGGGAAAAAAAGUGGAGAGAGAGUGUGAACACGGUGGCGACGCCACAUUAAAUAAAACAGACCCACAUGCGUGGCUUGACGCGUGCCAGCACCGCUUCGUCUGGUGGGGAGGGGGUGGGGUGAGAAAAAGACAAAAGUAAUGUCUCGGGAGACGCCAAAGGUGCCAGAAAGCCUGAUCGGUUCGAUUCUGGCAUCUUGCGUUGUGUGUGUGGAUGUGCUGUGAUGGCAUGGUGCUCUCUGCAGUCAAGCUGCUGGAAGACUCUUCCAGCACCUCGGUUGCGGCGAGCGUGAGCAGGGUAGCCAAGAUGUUGGAAUGCGAUGCUUGUUCCAGCACCUUUGUUCCUCUGAAUGUUACUUGAACAAAGUGAGUGGCUCGCCCGAACCAAGAUGUUGGAAUGCUGCCACUUCCUACAUCUUGGUUCACGCGACUAUGUUGCGAGUGUUGCAAUCGCUGCUGCCUGCUUCGAUAACUGUGAUGCAAGGACAGGAAAUGAGUAUCAGUGCUUUUAAUGACCAACAGCAGGAGGCAUUGGGAUGCGAAUGGAAUUCCAAGGCCUGAACUGCUGGCCAACGUGAUAGAACUUUUGUGCAUGCUCUCCCGCAGUGCAGGAUGGUGCAUCAUGUACAUAGUGAGUGUAAUCAGUGAUGCGCGCUGUAUUUGAAAGUGCAGAGCAGCUUGUGGCCCCUUAGUAUGCCAAUAAAUGCAAAUUCUUGUGAUUGCACUUAUUGUGCAAA